AUGACAUCUUCAUCUAAUGAAAAUAUUCAUCAAAAAAUUCGUUAUGAAUUUCCAUAUGACGUAAAGAAAUUAACAGAGAUCUCAAUUCCGGUUGAUAAAAAUAUUAAAUUAGCAGCAACGAUAUGGAUGCCUCAAAAUAAGAAUGUUCAAUUAAUAAAUGAAGAAACAUUUGCAACAAUUCUAGAAUAUAUACCAUAUAGAAAAGCAGAUUGGACAUCACCAAGAGAUGAAAUUCGAUUGAAAUAUUUUUCAGGAUUUGGCUAUGUUUCACUCCGAGUUGAUAUUCGAGGAACUGGAAAUUCACAAGGAAUAUUUGAUGAUGAAUAUUCUGAACAAGAAUUAUCCGAUGGAUUAAAAAUUCUCGAUUGGAUACAAAAUCAAACAUGGUCAAAUGGAAAAACUAUUAUCUAUGGAAAAUCUUGGGCUGGUUUCAAUGGUUUACAAAUAGGUUAUCUUCAACCCAAAAAUUUAUCUGGAAUUAUUUCAGCUUAUUCAACAGAUGAUCGUUAUAAUAAUGAUAUUCAUUAUUAUGGAGGAUGCUUAGCAGCACAAGAAGCUUUAUCAUGGUCAACUCAAAUGUUAAUUUGGUUAUCUGUUCCUCCACAUCCAUUGUAUCAAGGAGGAAUCGAUAAAGACUUCGAUUUAUUCAAUAUUUGGAAAGAACGAUUACAUAACUUGAUGCCUUUAGAUUUUUAUUGGAUAAAACAUCAAAAUCGAAAUGAAUAUUGGCGUCACGGAAGUGUUUGUGAAGAUUAUUCGAAAAUUUUAUGUCCUGUUUUAUUAAUUGGCGGAUUUGCUGAUCUUUAUAAUUCAUCGAUAUUUCGUUUAAUGAAUAAAUUAAAAUGUGAAAAAAGAUCAAUAUUAGGUCCAUGGGGUCAUCAAUGGCCCGAUGAUGCCUAUCCAGGGCCGAAAAUUGGAUUUUUACAAGAAAUAGUUCAAUGGCUUGAUUAUCAUAUUAAAAAGAUAAAUGAUGAUUAUAAAAAUAAAGAAUCAUUCUCAAUAUUUAAAUUAAAGCCAAAUAUUGAUGAACUUCAUUCUACUUUAAAAGAAAGAAAAGGAAAUUGGAUUCAUUUCAAUUCACUUCCAUUUUAUCCAAAUGAACAUUUUCAACGAAAUCAUUUAUUGAUCGAUAAGAAUCAAGAAAUCAAUCAAAAAACAAUAAAAUAUUAUUUAUCUUUUCAAUCGUUAACAACUGAAAUCAUUUCAAAUGAUUCACUUCCGAAAAAAAUUUCAUUUUUGUCUCCCCAAGAAACAGGUUUAGCAAGUGGAAAUUUACUUGGAUGGGGAAAUAUUCAAAGUCCAGAUCAUUCAACAGAUCAACGAGAAGAUGAUGGAAGAUCUUUAUGCUUUGAUUCUCUUCCUUUAGACGAAAAUUAUGAAUUAUUUGGAUUUCCAACAGUUAAACUUAAUUUAAGUUCAAAUACAAAUUAUGGUUUGAUUUGCGUUCGUCUUUGUAUGAUUGAUGAAAACAGUUCAUCUUCAAUUCUUAUUUCACGUGGAAUUCUUGAUUUAACACAUUAUAAAUCGCAUGAACAUCCUCAACUAUUAAAUAUUGAUGAAAUUUUCAGUGUUGAAAUAAUCUUGUCUGGUAUUUGUGUUUGUAUACCGGCAGGUUCUCGUCUUCGCUUAGCUUUAUCAACAUCAUAUUGGCCAAUCGUAUGGCCUGCACCUCAAUUGUCAACAUUAACAAUUUAUUUUAAUGAAUUAUCAUCAUGUACUUUAACAUUACCUUGUUUAAAUGAAAAAUAUUCAACAAGAAAUGAUUUUGGUCAUCCGGAAAUUUGUCAAGGAAUUCCAAUAAAAUAUUUACGAGCAAGUUCAAUCAAUCGUUUUAGAAUAUUUGAUGAGGUCAGCGAAAUAAUUACAUUGAAAAUAAAUGAAGAUUGUGGUUCUAGUGAAUAUCCCGAUGGCUUAAUAUGGGAUGAAACAACAGAAAGUAUUUAUACAAUAAAGAAAAAUGAUCCUCAAUCUGCAAGAAUUGAAAUAAAUCGAUAUUUAAAAUAUUAUUUUCAAGAUCGAUCGACAAUUAAAGUUGAUAUAAAAACAAAAUCAGUUAUGUUUACUAAACAAUCACCAUCAACAUAUGAAGUCGAACAUCAAUUAAAUAUUUAUAAUAAAGAUCAAAUAUUUUUUGAUAAAAAUUGGAAUUUAUCAUUUCCUAGAAUUAGUAAUUAA